AUGGGGGCAAGAAUCUUAACAAAGUUAAAAAGAAAAAAAAGAAAGAAAAACGCAAAGUCCUACGAAUUCUACGUAAGUGAGCUGCAAACGUACCUCAAUUGGGCACUGAGUAACCUGAACAAGUACAAAGAUGAGCUUAUCGACGUUGGAUUCGUAAUAUACCUGGAGAUGUACAUAAAGCUGUUUAAACAGUCGACAAAUUUAGGCAGAGACUUCUUGAUGGAGUUCAUGAACGUGUUCAACAGUAAAUAUGAAAACUACGUCAGCAAGCUCCUGCAGUUCAGGUUUCUGGACCAACUUGACCAGCUGUAUAUACUUAACACAGGAUACAAUUCGUCAAGCAAACACAUAAUCAUACUCUCAAAGAACUGCAAGAGGAUACUGUUAAACUGGCUAAACAUUUACCAAAACAACGUAAUCAACAUAAUACUGAUGGAGAGAGUGGAGUUCAUAGACGGAGAGAUGUUUAACCACUCGUCAGUGAAUGUGUUCAAGCGCUACUUUAUACUGAAGUACGGAAUAGACCCGGAGUCGAUACACAAGUACAGAAAGCCAUUUCUAGGGCUGUACAUAAAGGAUGUGGAAAAUGAAAGCUAUAAAGUGAAUAGCAUGUUGAUAGAGCCAGUAAAAGAGAAUAAAAUACCAUUCGGGCUACCAUGUGAAAUGUACACAAAGGACUACGGACACGAAGUUAACACGUAUUCCCAAGGCAUCAACGGAGAGUUUUGCAGAAUGGAGGACUUUAGGAAGCUGAUACCGCUGCCAAGGCCAGGCUCUCUGAUCCACGAGUCGCUGCGCUCAAUAUAUCAGCUUCAAGUUGAAAAUCGCAACAUGGGACAAAACCCAUACAUUCUAUCGUAUAAUUUUGCUAAUGCAAACAGUAUAAAUUGCUCAACGGUGUCAGACUUUGACGGAAGGUACGCAGCCGCAGGUCAAAGAGACGGGUCGAUAUUCCUGUGGGACUUAGUAAAGUCACAAUGUGAAAACGCAUACACGGACAUUGCGUGUGUCCUGGGAAAGGAUUUGGGAGUGGAGAGCAUAAAUAAGACGUACCCAACGUCGAACAGCACACAAAAGGAAAAUAACGACCCCGAUAAACAAGGAUUUAAAAAGGAUUACCUGAUACUGACAGGGCACGAAGGACUAGUAAACUGCCUAAAAUUCGGAGAAAACGGACAGGUGUUACUGUCAGGAGGGUUGGAUUCGACGAUCAACUUACACACAAUAAGCGAAGGAUUCGAAAAUAAUACAAUCAAGUGCGUAUACUAUAACUCCUGUUACCCAAGUGGCUCAUACGGAAGAGGAUCAGGAGUAACAGGAACAAGAAACAGCAUAAUAGACCUAGACUACAGCAGGUUCGGAUACUACUUCACGAGCUGCGACAUCAACGGGUACUGUAAGCUGUGGUCAACAGACAGAAGCUUCCCAAUAAGGACGCUCAAGUCAAUGUCAGCAAACUACUCAAGCUCGAAGUUCCACCCGAACUCGUCACUGCUCUCAGUGAUAUCGAACGACAACAAGGUGACAGUGUACGACCUUAAGUCGUUCACAUCAGCAAUGCACCUGACACUCCCGAACGUGGGCAGGGCCAGAGGGGCCACGGUGGGAGGAGUCCUCGGCGAAUUGAGCAGCACACACCCCUACGGCGACGGCACCAGCGCCCACGAAGCCUUCAACAAUAACUUCAACGGCAUGACCUGGAGCAAAAACGGAGUUAUUCUGGGCGUAUACGCAAUGAACGCAGUGCUACUCUACGACGUGAGAGUGGGAAGGCCCUUCGAGUCAAUCGAGGUGCGCAAGGGCAACGUGAGCUCAAUCGACUUCUCAUACUCGACGACGCUGCUGUCAGUGACGGACACGAACAACGAACUGUCACUCUGGGGGUUCAGAGUCACUAACACUGAUACAGAUUUCGACAAAUACAUGCUGGCGACGGACACAAAUGGAAUAAGUAAAAAGAACCAACCAAAUAAAAAAUUAAACGAAGAGAGGUUGAAGGACGGAGAAAAGAAACUGCUCAAAUCGUAUAGAUUCAAUAAAUCGUUCCUACUAAGCUCAUCCUUUACGCCGGAAAACGUCCUAAUAACACUCGGAAUCUCAGCAAUUUAA